UUGUCUGAGCACGCCCGUCUGUGACUUCUUGCUAUCACGGGAUUAAACGGAGGCUCGGACGCUGCUGUUCGCGACUGCGGGGAGGCAGGGCUGGAUCAAGAAGUGGUUCUUCAGAAAGCAAGUGAAAAGGCAAAAAAAAAAAAGGGGGGGGCGGAGAGUCGCUGUUCUUUAAGAGUGCUCGGUGGGUUGGGAGAAGGCGCACGUCGGUCCGAGACCAGGCGGACCGCAAACGGGAGCCUGCGGGCUGGAUUUGGGGGACCUCGAUGGUGUGCUGGCUCCAGCUUGAAGACAGUACGCACUUGUUCCAAUUAUUUCAAGUACGGGGGAGGGGGACCGCGUAACCCCCUGGAGGUGAGACUAUUCACCACCGCGGGUCCUGCUCGCGGGGGGCGCUCGCUAGGGUGUCUCCUUCCCGGAGUGGGCGGGGUGGAGGAACUAGAGGACUCCUCCAGAGGGCUCCCGAGCCUCGCCUCCUUCGCCCCAGGGCUGGUUUAUGAGAACUCCACCAGAGCCCCGACAUCACUUUUCGUUUCUCGGAGAAGAAGCCUCGCGGUGCCAGCUGGGGAACCUCACCCUCGCCGAGCCUAGAACAGAGGCGGGGCUCCCGGGAGGUCGCCGCCGUGCUCGGCACUUUCGCCCGCGCGCCUUCACUUCCUCGCCACCCGGCCGCGGUCGCAGCUGACUUUAAACCCGACCGAACGACCCGGUCGGUGAAAUCUGGCCUCUUGACCCACGAGCGGAGUAGGAAACCGAAACCGCUGAGCUUGGCUAACGGAGGCGGAGAGCGCGCAGUCGCUCGCCCUGGGCGCGCCCAGCCCUAGCACCGCCCGCGCCCGCCCCCGCGCUCCGACACUUGUAAGUUUCGAUUCUCCCCCGAGCCGAGUCCCGCGCCGCAGCCAGGCCAGUGCCGCGAGCGCGCCAUGGCGGACCCGGAGGUGUGCAGCUUCAUCACCAAAAUCCUGUGCGCCCACAAGGGCCGCAUGACCCUAGAGGCGCUGCUCGGCGAGAUAGUGCUCUCGGAGGCGCAGCUCUGCGAGGUGCUGGAGGUGGCCGGGCCCGACCGCUUCGUGCUGUUGGAGGAGGGCAGGACGACCGGCGUCACCCGGUCGGUGGUGGCCGCCACUCGAGCCCGCGUCUGCCGUCGCAAGUACUGCCACGGACCCUGCGAAAACCUGCACCUCUGCAAGCUCAACCUGGUGGGCCGGUGCCACUACUCGCAUUCGGAGCGGAAUACAUGCAAAUACAGUCAUGAUAUUCUCUCAGAACACAACUUCAGAAUCCUGAAAAAUCAUGAGCUGUCUGGACUCAACCAGGAAGAGUUAGCAGUGCUGCUUGUCCAAAGUGACCCUUUUUUCCUGCCCGAGAUAUGCAAAACUUACAAGGGAGAAGGUCGGAAGCAGAUCUGUAACCAGCCGCCACCAUGCGAAAGGCUGCACAUCUGUGAACACUUCACCCGAGGGAAUUGUGGUUACCCCAACUGCCUCCGGUCCCAUAACCUGAUGGACAGGAAGGUGCUGGCCAUCAUGAGGGAACACGGACUGAGCCCGGACAUCGUCCAGAACAUCCAGGACAUCUGCAACAGCAAGCACUCCCGGAGGAACCCCCCCGGGUUCAGAGCUCCCCCGCCACAUCACAGAGCCAUGCCAUAUAGAGGGAGAAGUAAGAGCAGAGACCGAUUCUUUCAGGACAGCCGAGAAUUUUUUGCAACUGGGUUCGUUCAUGCUGAGAGGACCUGCACACGCAGUCCAGACCCAGUGGGCCACAGGGCUUCCCUGGAUAACGGGUCCGUGGAUGACCUCACCCACAAGUUCACCCGUCUAGGGAGCCAGGAGAGCUCUCAGCCUUCUGCCUCGGCCAAGGCGACGAUUCCUGGAGGAACAGGGGAGGUGGGAGCGAGCCAGAAGCUCCUGAAGAAUGACAGCACAGAGGGCUCCUUCUGCGGGAAGCAGGGCAAGGAUCUCCUUGCUUCUGACCCACCGCAAGUCUCCACCUGGAAGGGGCCCACGUCCUGGCCACGUGAGCCAGACACCAGGAGAGAUAGGGAGUUUUCUCUGGAUGAAGCUGCCGCCCGCUUCCCUCCUGGCUCUGUACAGACACCUGAAGCCAGAAAGAGCACGGGCACGUUUUCAGACCGUGCAAAUACCGGGGGCAAAAGUGGGUCUGAAGACACCCAGCCUGUCCCUCUUUCCAGCAAGAAUGCCAUUGCAGUGACCACAGAUAGAACUGCCCCAAGAUCUUCUGAAUACCAGGCCACAACUGGCACUGGGAGAGAAAUUCCAUCCUCGAGGAGACAGGAUGCUGGAAAGACUGUUCCCCAGGAUCUGCAGAGCCCUGACAAGAUGACCGACGACAGUCGCCCGGGAGGAGCCUGCGUUAAUGAUCGAUACGGAGCCAAGACGGAGAGGUCUUCAUUGAUCAAUGCAGAGCCAAGAUGGAUCGGGGCUAGCACGUCUGUCCCGGAUGCACCAAACGUCUCUACGCAAGUUAUGAAGGACAUUACUACCAUGGAAAAAACGGAUGCCGUCGGUUUCAGCUUAAAAACGGCCAUCUUUGGGGAAACAGAUGUGUCACAUUCUGGAAGUCAAGGUCUGAAAAGCCCGGUCCUGGCCACGCCUGGGGAAAGCACAGCCCCAGCACGAGUCAGUCCCCUGCCACAGUCAUUUUCUCCACCGUCCUCGAGAGUCAGCACAACAGCGUGGGGGGCCCCUGCCAAGAACUCCGUCCACGUCUCUGUUGACCCCAUCAGGGAGCUUACAAGGAGGACCCCGGGCUCCACACAGCAUUCCGUAUCUGAUGUCACAAGAUCCACGCCUUCUAGGAGGGGUGAGGACGACUCCAAGGAAAUUUGUCUCGACUAUCUGCAGAAGGGUUGUGAGCCUAGCGGUGGUUGCAGCAAAAUCCACUUCCACUUGCCCUACCGGUGGCAGAUACUAAUUGCAAACACCUGGACGGACAUCCCGUCCAUGGAGAACAUUGAGAGAGCCUACUGUGACCCCAACACCCAUGAUUCUGUAGAAGAUCGUAACUUCAAUUUCCAGAAAAUGACUUGUAAUUUUAGCCGUAUCCGACGUAUCUCCACUCCUUCCUCUGUCACGAAGCCGGCCAACACCAACUUUACCACUAAGUGGAUCUGGUAUUGGAAGAAUGAAGAUGGCAAGUGGAUUCAAUAUGGGGAAGAGAAAGACAAACAGCAAAGUUCAAACAUUGACUCUUCAUACCUGGAGUCGGUCUUUCAAAACUGUCCAAGGGGAGUUUUGUCAUUUCAGGCGGGUUCACGGAACUACGAGUUGAGUUUCCAAGGGAUGAUUCAGACAAACACAGCUUCCAAGACUCAGAAGGAUGUUAUCAGAAGACCACGGUUUGUGUCCCCACAGGAUGUGGCGCGGAUGAAGGGAGGGCCAGAGUAAGUGUGCGGCACGCUGUUUGCUGGCGGGUGUUUGAGCCGUGUGUGCCUUGAUCCCAUCACGUCACUCGUGAAUCUGGACCCCACGUUCUGAAAGUCUGCUUGCGUUACACUGAGAUUUCCCUUCGCAUCAUCUACGAGUCGGGCACUGGUUAAGCGGUGUGGUGUGACGGAAAGGAUACCAGAUUGGGAAACCGGUCUUCCCUCUAGCCACAGGGGACUUUUGGCGAGUCCCUCAAGUACCAAGGGCCUUAGCUUUUCCAGCUGCAAAUGGUUGAAUUAAUGGGGUGUGCCUAUAAAACCACUGAAUGCGCUGGGUUCUUGUUUUGCUGUGGAUUUUUCUGUGUCUGUAGUUUUACUGCAGAAUUUGUGGAAGGCCAAGAGCGAGAUGGAGAGAAGAAAGGGAUGAGGUAGCUGCCUCAGGCUGAGCAAGGGCUUUGCAGAAAGAGAACGCUGAUUAAAGGGAAUGUUUAAAGGAAAUUGGGCCAUGGGGGACUUGUUGCAGCUCUGCUCUGUCUCCUCUUAGAACUCCCAGUAAAACCGACAUUGAUCGUGAACAUUUUUGGAGUUAGACUUUAGUUUUUUUUUUUUUCUGGGUGUGAUUAUGUAAUACAGGCUUCAAGGCAGGUAUAAAAUCAAGGGAUUCUGAUUGGAUUCUUUGGUUGUAGGAAUUUAAGAUAGUUCAUAAAGAAAGGAAGUUACUAAAAGGAUAACUGUGAGGUAAUAUGGGAAUGCCAUCUCAUGGCGCAGAGCUGCAAAGACUUUAGCAAAUGCAUACUGCCUCUCUGGCACCCUCAUCCUCAAUAAAUACAUGGAGAACCAAAUAAUUUGGGCCACACUCCUCAGGGACCGCGAGCCUCCUGGCCUCCCUGCUAAAGGUCAUCGCUUGUCUUGUGUGUUUUAUCUUGCUCACGUUUCCGGGGGUCCUACUUUCUGGUCCCGUUGGACAUGACAAUCUCGCAAGAACCCAAGGAGGGGACUGAACCACAUCAAAGCCUCGGGGUGGGAGUCGGUUCCAACUCAGCUCUAUCCUAGGCUCACAGAUCCCUGCCCGGACGCUGAACAGCCUGGGCUCUGGCCUGAGACCGCUUCGGUUCAUAUUCAGCCUUGCUCCUCAUUCAUUGUGUGGAGUUGGAUGAAUUCCUCACUUGACAACUGCUCAUCUGUAAGAUGGGUUUAAUGAUAGUGCCUUCCUCAGGGCCGGACAGUGGCGGGGGCGGGGGGGGAGCGAAGCUUUGUAAUGCUGACCAUGUGUCAUGAGUUUUAUUUUAUUUUAUAUAUAUUUUCUAAAUUCUUUAUAAAUUAUUGGGAUCAGCAGUUAGCAUA